UGCUAUGUUUAAACUUAAACAUGGUAAUGGGAUUCGCGGUGCUUUACAAUUUAUUCACAACACUAUUUGGAAAUAAUGACAGUAGCACUGCAAGCGAACCAAGCAUUCCUAAUCCAAUUCCAAUACUAGAUGCGAAUUUAACGGCGAGUGUUUGCGGACAGGAGGUGUCAUGUUGUCCAUAUACGCGGUAUAGAUCUCUUGAUGGCUCCUGCAAUAACCUGGAGAACCCUGGCUGGGGAACCACCAAGAGCACAUACAUGCGCCUACUCGAGAACCGGUAUUCUGAUAGCAUUUUCAAAUUGCCGAGAAUGGAUACUGGUGACAACAUGCCCAAUGCCAGGGAACUAAGCAUCAGGCUGUUUAAGGAUAAGAUUACAUAUGACAUUGAGCUGAACGUCAACGGCAUGCAGUGGGGCCAGGUCAUCACACACGACAUGUCCAAGUUGGAGGAAGCGACAGAUGCCGCUGGCCAAACCCUGGUGUGCUGUAGGAAUGGUAAGCUAACAUCGGAGGUGCUUACAAAUGAGUUCUGUGCCCCCGUGAUAGUUCCAUACAACGACCGGGUGCAUAGGCCGGGGUCUUGUUUGGAGUUCGUCCGAGCUGACACUGAUCGACACAUCGGUUGUGUAUCUGACGACCAGGAAGCUAAUCAAUUGAACAUGGUAACCCCGUUCAUGGAUUCUUCCAUGAUCUACGGCAGUACUGACGAAGAAAGCAAUGCGUUGCGAUCCUUUGAGAACGGGAAUUUGGAGACGGUGACCAGACGCGGCAGGGAGUGGCCUCCUCAAGCUCAGGACCCUGAGGAAACCUGCGAAGGCGACGCUCUACCCGGGGAACCUUGUUAUAAGGGAGGGGAUACAAGGAUCAAUCAGAACACGGAGUUGUCUGUGCUGCAAGUGCUGUUACUUCUGUGGCACAACUUCAUUGCUGAUGGCUUGAGCGAGGUCAACCCGCAGUGGGACGAUCAGACGCUGUUCCAGGAAGCGCGAAGCAUCGUCGUAGCUGUACUACAGAAUAUUAAUUACUAUGAAUAUCUGCCGUAUUUAUUAGGUGAAAAAAACAUGCUGGAUAACAAAUUGAUUUACCGACGUACCCCGGCCAAUAUCAGGGAGUAUAUAAAUGACUAUGAUCCGAUUUUGGUGCCAGGCGUUAUAAUGGAAAGUGCUACGGCGGCUCUGCGAUAUUUCCAUACUCUCAUUCAAGGAUACUUAUUAAAGAAAUUCGAAGACAGGAGUGAUGCUGGCGAGAUUCGUUUGAGCGAAUGGUACAACAGACCCGUGGUCAUUGAGAGGAACAACACGUUCGACCAGCUCGUGGUCGGGCUGACCGCUCAGUCAGCUUCUGCCACUGAUCCAUUCUUUACUGUCGAGGUCACAGAGUAUUUGUUCAGGGGUAUGAAGAAAGUAGGUCGCGAUCUCCGCACCGUGGACGUUAUACGCGGGAGAGACAUGGGGCUCGGCAGCUACCAGCAAGCCCGCGCCGCCUGCAACCUCACUGUUCCUAGGACAUUUGAGGAUCUACGAGGAAUUAUUGGAAGCAAUUUCAUAAAAAUACUGAGGAGGCAGUACCAAGACGUGAGUAAUAUAGACCUGACUGUGGGCGGAACGUUGGAGAUCCAUGUACCAGGGUCCCGAGCUGGCCCCACCUUCCUCUGCAUCAUGCUCGCCCAGUUCUACAGGACGAGGGUCGCUGAUAGAUUCUGGUUCGAGAAUGGCAUUGACGAGUAUAUAAGUUUCACACCCGAUCAACUGGCGUCAAUUCGUGGCGUGACGAUGGCCAGCAUUUUCUGCGAGAGCACCGACAUCGGCACCAUACAGCCAGCAGCAUUCGAAGUUAUUUCACCAGACAAUCCUGUCGUGUCCUGUGACGUUAUACCUUCAAUAGAUUUAACCUUAUGGAGGGACGACGGUACAGAAGAGUACGAAGCACAGCAAGACCAAUCAGCAAAAGGUGUAUGUGCAGGAAGAAAAUAA